UCCGCUCCCGCUGCCGCAGCGGCCGCCCGCCCAGAUCCAACUUUGCCGCUCGCUUGGAGGUGGCGCGGCGAAGGCUGGGGGCGUGGGCAGGGGGGAAAGAAAGCGGGGUCAGGGGGAGGGACCGCGAGGGGUGGGUCGCCGGCUCGCCGCCUUCCAUCCUUUCUGUGCACCUUGCAGUCGGCAGAGAGCGGCAGCCGCGGCGGCAGCUAGGGGCUUGCGCACACCCAGCCAGGGACACUUUGAGAACCGAGGACUGACGGACGGAGAGGACCCUCCCCAGCGCCCCCCGAGCCAUGGCAGACAGAAAGCAAUCCGGGAAGGCGGCGGAGGACGAAGAGGUCCCUGCCUUUUUUAAAAACCUGGGCUCGGGCAGUCCCAAGCCCCGGCAGAAAUUCUGCGGCAUGUUCUGCCCGGUGGAAGGGUCGUCGGAGAACAAGACCAUCGAUUUUGACUCGCUGUCGGUGGGCCGGGGCUCGGGGCAGGUGGUGGCUCAGCAGCGGGAUGUCGCCCACUUGGGCCCUGACCCGCACCGGCAGAGCCGGCGUGCCAGUGGGGAGCCAUCUGUUGAAUCCGCCCGGAAGGUGGAGAUCCGGCGGGCCUCGGGCAAGGAAGCCCUGCAGAACAUCUACGAUCAGAGUGAUCGGCUUCUGAUCAAAGGCGGUAAAAUUGUGAAUGAUGACCAGUCGUUCUAUGCAGACAUAUACAUGGAAGAUGGGUUGAUCAAGCAAAUAGGAGAAAACCUGAUUGUGCCGGGAGGGGUGAAGACCAUUGAAGCCCAUUCUAGAAUGGUGAUCCCCGGAGGAAUAGAUGUGCAUACUCGGUUCCAGAUGCCAGAUCAGGGAAUGACGUCAGCUGAUGACUUCUUCCAAGGAACCAAGGCCGCCCUGGCCGGUGGAACCACCAUGAUCAUUGACCAUGUUGUUCCUGAACCUGGGACCAGCCUUCUGGCCGCCUUCGACCAGUGGAGGGAGUGGGCUGACAGCAAGUCCUGCUGCGAUUACUCUCUGCAUGUGGACAUCACUGAGUGGCACAAGGGCAUCCAGGAGGAGAUGGAGGCCCUGGUAAAGGACCAUGGGGUAAACUCCUUCCUUGUGUACAUGGCUUUCAAAGAUCGCUUCCAGCUGACGGAUUCCCAGAUAUAUGAAGUGUUGAGCGUGAUCCGGGAUAUUGGUGCCAUAGCCCAAGUUCAUGCGGAGAAUGGUGACAUCAUUGCAGAGGAGCAGCAGAGGAUCCUGGAUCUGGGCAUCACAGGCCCUGAAGGACACGUACUGAGCCGGCCUGAGGAGGUCGAGGCUGAAGCUGUGAACCGUUCCAUCACCAUUGCCAAUCAGACCAACUGCCCCUUGUAUGUCACCCGAGUCAUGAGCAAGAGCGCUGCGGAAGUCAUCGCCCAGGCACGGAAGAAGGGAACUGUGGUGUAUGGCGAGCCUAUCACAGCCAGCUUGGGGACGGACGGCUCUCACUACUGGAGCAAGAACUGGGCCAAGGCUGCCGCCUUUGUCACCUCCCCACCUCUGAGCCCUGACCCGACCACUCCAGACUUUCUCAACUCCUUGCUGUCCUGUGGAGACCUCCAGGUCACUGGCAGCGCCCACUGUACCUUCAACACUGCGCAGAAAGCUGUGGGGAAGGACAACUUCACCUUGAUUCCCGAGGGCACUAACGGCACGGAGGAGCGGAUGUCCGUCAUCUGGGACAAGGCUGUGGUCACUGGGAAGAUGGAUGAGAACCAGUUUGUGGCUGUGACCAGCACCAAUGCAGCCAAAGUCUUCAACCUUUACCCCCGGAAAGGCCGCAUCGCAGUGGGAUCUGAUGCUGACCUGGUCAUCUGGGACCCUGACAGCGUGAAGACCAUUUCUGCCAAGACACACAACAGUGCUCUUGAGUACAACAUCUUCGAAGGCAUGGAGUGUCGUGGCUCCCCAUUGGUGGUCAUCAGCCAGGGCAAGAUUGUUCUGGAGGACGGCACCCUUCACGUUACUGAAGGCUCUGGACGCUACAUCCCCCGGAAGCCCUUCCCUGACUUUGUAUACAAGCGUAUCAAGGCAAGGAGCAGGCUGGCUGAGCUGAGAGGGGUCCCUCGUGGCCUGUAUGAUGGGCCUGUGUGUGAGGUGUCCGUCACACCCAAGACUGUCACCCCAGCCUCAUCAGCUAAGACGUCCCCUGCCAAGCAGCAGGCACCACCUGUUCGGAACCUGCACCAGUCUGGAUUCAGCUUAUCUGGUGCUCAGAUUGAUGACAACAUUCCCCGACGCACCACCCAGCGUAUCGUGGCGCCCCCUGGUGGCCGUGCCAAUAUCACCAGUCUGGGCUAAAUAAAGCCCUUGGGCCAGCAGGCCACUUGGGGAUGGGGGAUGGGACACCUGAGGACACUGAGACUUCCUUCCAUAUUUUUUUUAAGAGCCUGUGAUAGUUGCUGUGGGCAGCCAGUUUCUGGGGCUCCCUCUUGGGCCCCACACUCCAUCUCCCCUGGAGUUCCUGAAUUGCUCACCCAAGUCCCUACACAUCCAUGAACACCACACCCAAGCCUAGCCACCCACCCCACACGGAGCUGCAUCCAACACACAGACAUGCGCCACCAAGCAAACCCCAGCAAGGGGGCCCCCGUCCGCCCUCGGCUGUGCAGUCGGCAUCUUCCUUGUUGUGGGGAAGAUACAGUGAAUUUCCCAGAGCUGCCUUCUUUUCUUUUUAAAAUUUUAAAAAGGGUUUUCUUUGUGGGAAUGAGGGGGGUGGGGGUGGGAGAGGUUUUUUUUUUGUUUGUUUUUUUUUAAAUACUAAAUUGAAAGCCCGAUUCAUUAUUAAUCCAUGGGUCUUGAACUGGACAUCCUAAUGAUGCAAUUAUAUAACCAUUAGGCUGAUUGGGGGCUGGCAGGCUGCUGCUGCCUCUCCUGAGAGGCUCCACAUGUCCACAUCACCAUCUUGUACUCUUCAGGGUCAGCUGUUGAGAAAGGGCAGGUUUUCUUCUGGCUUAGGUUUUGCUGCAGAUGAGACCUUUCGAGGCCACCCCUCCUCCUUUUACUCCAUCUUUGGUCUUUCUAACUUUUCCUCCCGUGUGCGUGUAUGUUUUCAGUUGUUGGUCUGUCUUUGCGUUUCCCUGAGCCAGUGUUCUUCUCUCUUUGCCCUGUUGUCUGUUCUUAAAGCCAGGUCUACCAGUUUGGCCUUGAUCGUAGCCUGGGAGGACCCCAGUUUUGCCCUUAUACCCAUAGUUCUGUCUUAUUCUGGUCCUUGUUAAGACUGGUGCUAUCUGAUCACCAUCGCUAGAAGGUGUCCUGAGUUUGAGGGAUGGCCUGGAUUACAUUACUGAUAUUGUCACGUGUGGACCCAGAAUAGAGCCACUUGGAGGUAUAACGUAGAAACAUUGUUUCCAUCAAGGCUGAUUGGCUAAAGACAGGGUCAAAUCUGAGCUCAAGUGAACCAACCAGUCUCCUGCCAUCCAGGAGCUGGGAAGGGCUCCUCCAAGGGGAGUGUGGCCCUGAGGGCUGGCUUUUCCCCAGGAGGUAUCUUUGGGGAUUAUAGAACAUACCACAUGUUUCAGUGUAAGGAAAAAACAUCUUUUUUUUUUUUUUUUUUUUUUGUCCAGUUAUUUCAAAAGGUCUAACAAUAUAUAGAAGGCCUUAUAAGUUAAGAAAAUCUUUGGAAAAUUGGGCUUGAAGUCUGUUUUACAAGAGGAAAAAUCCCGUUUUAGGAAUAGUUUGUUGUCAGAAGGAAACCUGAAUGUGUUAGCCCCUGCUUAGAGAUCACAUGUCAUCUUGUAAAGACCCUGUCACCUCAUAUCCAUCAGCCUUCCUCUUCCUGUCAUGGUGACAUUUUUUCACUAUCUGGCUCCUUUCUGUCCUUGCGGACUUGUGUUGUAUCUUUUCCACAUGUGUACAUAGAUCCAUGUAAGCAGUGUUAGGUCCGCAGGCUUUUAUGAGUCCAAAUUGCUUGUAUGAAACAGAAAUCAGAAAGUAGGUCAUCACCUUGUCAUUUUUCUGUCCACACAUUUUGCCUUUGGGGUUAAUGGUUGGGGUUUUGGUUUGUUGUUGUUGUUGGUUUUUGUUAUUUUAAAGGUAAAUUGCACUUUUAAAAAAAAUUGGUUGACUUAAUAUAUUUGUUUUUUUUCUUUUCUUACCUGCACUUAGAGGAAAUUUGAACAAGUUGGAAAACAAUUUUUUUCUGUUUCAAUUCUGAGAAACACAUGCAGCUCUUCAGGAUUCACUGUCUUCCUGAUGUUCCUUGUACUGGGUCUUGGCCUUUUGGUUGUUUUUUCUUGUUUUCAUAAAAAACGGUUUCAAACCUGAAGAUUUCCGCAGGCUGUGUAAGCAUGUUUACCUGUUGGCUUGCUUCUGUGUCUGUUAAAUGAAUGUCAUGUAAAUGCUAAAAUAAAUGGACAGCGUCUCAGAACUGAGUUAACUGCAGUGACUUGAUGCUCUAAAUCAGUAUAGGAUUUACUGCUAGAUGGUUUCUAACCCUUGAACUUGUGAUUGUGACCCUUGAGUGGACGACCUUUCCGUGCUAAAGCUGAUCACGUGUGUAGCCAGAAAGGUACUUUUUUUAAAUUUGUUUUAUUUUUUUGUAACCACUGUCUUAAUGGCAAAAUAAUUAUGGUUAAAACAAGUCUCGUGUUUAUUAUCCCUUCAGAACUCUGUGUUAUAUUACCAUGGAACACCUAAUAAAGCAAAAUGUGGUGGUUUCA